UAAUAAAUGACGUCCGACAUUUAAUUCAUUUCCUAUCCACUUCAAAUCUUAACCCAUCUGUUAUUAUUUACGUUAACCAAACAUUAAGACAGCUGGGAGUAAAGUGUUAGCCGGCUAGCAUCUGCAUGAGCUUAGAAACGAGCCACGCCAUACCGGGUUUCUUCUCGUCCACGCGUGCUACCAGAAUGGACUUGAACAGGCGCGUAUCCUCUGCAGGUUACCGGUUAACGUUACCGGAGCGAAAGAAUGGCACCAGGCCGAAAACAACCCAACCACCGGCGGACAGGACGCACGCUAAAAGAAAGGAAGACGCGGCGUCCGCGGAGAUGAUUCCUGACCGGAGCGAUCCGGUUAAACAGGACCAAGUGUGGAAAGAGCUGGUAUGGAGAGAGAGGAGAGGAGUGCAGGAAUGGGAGAAGAACUGGGACUUUCUCAGGAACUAUGAUCAGAUGGGACAGGUGAAGCCAGAGGAGCCUCCACCCAGCAAUAUGUCGUUCUUCUCUGAACACAUCCCCAACACCAGCAACCAGAUGUUUGGCAGCAGGCUGACCACUCCGCUGGGAAGCGAAGUGGUCAGGCUGGACAGGCUGGUACUCUGGUCUGAAAACCAUCGCAGGUGCAAGCAAGAUCCAGAGAUGCUGCCCUGGUAGGCCGACCUGGAGACGAGUCACUUUACAUCUGGUCUUUAUGGUUUUACCCUGGACUCUACAAAGCUGGGACCAGGUCAAUUUGGAUAUGAUGUUGUGGUUUGUUUGUUUGUUUGUAUUUUUGUGUUAUUUUAAUGGAAAGAUAAUAUUAAGUAAAAUACAGAGAAGCUAUAUCAGGCAAGGAGUCAGCAGUAAUAAGAAAAUGACAUUUGCUGUACUUUAUGUCCAGAUAUUGUGUUUAUUCAUAGUUUUGAGUAUGCUACGUGCAAGGAGAAGAAAACUACUAAAACUAAAGGCAUUUACUCACCGAUAGGUGAGAAGAGAAGACACUGGUAGAUCGGAUUCAUGUCAUCCGAGCUCCAUCCGACGUAUUUAAUCAGAUACUUGAUAAUCUAACAAGAUACCUGAUCAAAUUUGGAUGAGUCAAAGGUUGUAUCACCACCACAUUUCUCUGUACACUCUAUAUAAGCUGCAGGGACAAACACGAACGAAGAACAUAUAGUUCAAAAACAGGGAACGUUACUUACUGAUGCUAUUAAAAUCUUAUUUUUAUAUUUUUUCCAUUUAAAAUGGCUGCAAUAUUUGUUACAUAUAGUCAUAUGUUUGCAAGGACCUCUAAGCCAUUGUCCCAUGGUGGAGCCAUGGAAUUACAUUACAAUUUCUUUUGUGUGAUUUUCAUGAUGAUGUAGUCUACAUGAUGUGCACUUUAUAUAACUCAGGUUUUUGUACCGUUGUACAAUAGCUGUCUUAAAAUGUCACUCUGUAUAUUGUUAUGUCGUCAUCACUCGCUGCCCCUCUUUGUCUAAAUUUGGAUGAAAAUGUUGGACCCCAAUUUGAGAC